AUGGAAACCCUUCCGGAAGAAUUGUUCGAUUUCAUCCUUUCUCUUGCCUACAAUGAAGACGACCAUUGGGUGGAUCAUCAACUACCAGUCUUUGCGACCGUGUCAAGAAGGUGGCAAUAUAACAUUGAACGCCGCACAUUCCGCAACAUUCGAGUAAACACCAACGAGUUAGAGAAGCUUGGCGCCCGCUUCACCGGCUCAUUCGGGCAUCGAGCUGCGGCUUUAAGCGGCAUCGAGUGCAGCAUCAUACUCCCUUGUUGUAGCGACGACGAAGUGCGCCAACGCGAAACGGAUCAAGAUGUUGAAAAAAACAAUCGCGCAAUCUCAGAGCAGCUUCAAGAUCUCUUCAACUUUCUGUUUCUUGUCGAACAAGAAAGGAAACGAUAUCAUAGCAGAAAGCGACCGCUUGCACUUGAGAUAAGACGGAUUGAGGCCCCAACCGAUCGAGAACUUCAGAAUCAGGAUCCCGAGCGCUUCAAAGCUACCUGGGAACAAAAGACCAGUCCUGACUAUUACUGGAGUAGACGAUGGCGGUACAAUGUCCACAGUUUACUUCAAAAUGAGGUUGCCGCUUUGCCUGAAAUCCAGAGCAUUACCUACUUUGAAGUUCCUGACUAUAGCAAAAAAAGGCAGCUGAGGCCGGGUGACUGGAUUCGCAUUGCUGCAAAAUUUCCUUAUUUGGAAAAUCUGAAACUUACUUUCUCCGAGCACCGUGCGUACGGGAAAAAAGUGAGAAGGAAAGUAAGAAGAGACUUUGCCGAUUCCUUGUAUGAGCUGGUGGAACGCAACCCUCCGGCCCUCCACAGUGUUACUAUUGAGCGUAACUUCUCAGUAAUUUGUGAUGAAGCCCCCCCAGG